CGAAAACAAACCACAAGUGUCAGCUAAUUGUUUAGUGUUUACGAAGGUUUUACUGUCUUAGUGUUUUCACAUCGACUGCUCGGGUGCUUUGCGCUGUUAUGUUGCGUAGAGCUAGCUGAGCUUCGUAUGAAGUGCUGCCGUUCGUUGCGUGUUUUAUAUAUUAUUUUAAGUUAAAAACAAAACAGUGAUGUGUUCGUGAUAUAUCGUGUUACAGUCAAGUAUGCUCGUGGGUGUUAACUAUACAUUUUCUCAAAGUUUAUUAGCAAUUAUAUGUAUUUAUAUAACAAAAUAAUAUGUCAGAAGAAGUAUUGGCGGCAGCGGCGUUAGCCCUGAUUAUUUUAGCUAAAAGGAGAAAAGAACGUCGAAAGAAAACUAAGCGUUGCUGGGUGCAGCCCUGGCUGCAAACAAGAGAUGAAGAAGGAAGAGGAAUUUAUAAUACGUUAAUGAAUGAGGAGAGACCAGAAGAUCCGCUUGAAUUUUCCAGAUUUGUGCGGAUGGAUUGUGCAUGUUUUGACAAGCUACUGUCAUUUAUUGGCGUGCAUAUUCGUAAGGCAAACACCGUCAUGAGGGACUCAAUUUCGCCGACCCAAAGGCUGGCAGUAACAUUGCAGUAUUUAACAACAGGAGAGACCUAUCAGAGCCUGUCAGUUGCUCACAGAAUUUCUGUUCCAUGUAUUUCGAAAAUGGUUAUGGAAGUGUGUUCCGCAAUUUGCAGUACAUUGAAAGACAAGUAUUUAAAGGCUCCAGCUACAGAGAAAGAAUGGGAAAUAAUUGCAAGAGAGUUCGAUGAUUUAUGGCAGUUUCCACAUUGUAUAGGUGCUCUGGAUGGGAAACACAUUGCAUUCUCUCCUACACAAUUUAGUGACUCUUUUGACAAUAAGAAAUUUAAUAGCAUAGUUUUGCUUGCUGUUGUGGAUGCACGAUAUCGUUUCAUACUUGUGGAUAUUGUUUGUAGCAACAAAGGCAAUGAUGUGGAUGUGUAUGUCAAUAGCAAAAUUGGUACUGCACUUCAAGAGAAUUCACUCAAAGUUCCGCAGGAAAGAGUUCUUAAUUGCAGCAGCAUUUCAGUACCUUAUGUAAUGGUAGCAGGUGAUGCUUUUAGCCUACAGCCAUAUAUUGUGAAACCUUACAAGCACUGUGAAGGUGAAAAGUCCAAAACUUUCAACAGCAGAUUAUCAAGGGCAAGACAUGUAGUUGAUAAUGCUUUCAGUAUUUUGGCACGCCGUUUUAGAGUUGUGUUACGUACAAUAAAGCUACCUAUAGAGAAAACUGAAGUUCUUAUCAAAACAGUGUGUCUUUUACAUAAUUUCUUGAUAGAUGAAGCAGACAGCACCUAUCUGUCAAGCAUGAACUCUGUGAACACUGGCCAAGACCAAGUAGAGGGUACUUCUUGCAGUGAGGAUUGCAUUUUGCAAAGCAUCCAUCAACAACAGGAAAACCACAUAUCAUCGGCUGCAAUAGAUGUCCGUGACAAGUUUUGUGAAUAUUUCAGCACCAGUGAAUAUGUACCACAGCAGUAGAAUUUUGUAAAUAAAUUUACUGUCAUAUAUUUCAUAGGAAUAUUAUUAAAUUUCUAUUUUGAGUA